AUGACUGGAGAUUAUGCAAAAGCUCGGGAGUUUGCAAAUCGACUAUUGAAGCACGAUCGGAAUGAUGCGGAUGUUACCAGGGCGCUUAAUAUUCUGGAGCAGAAAAAUCAACAUAAAAUAGAAGAGGGUGAAAGGUUGGGUUCCAUUGACGUCCCAAUUGACUGUGACAAUGAAUGCGAGGGAUGUGACGCAAUUGGCGAGGACGCCGAUUUUGUAGGCGUUAACGCGGAUAGUCGCAUCGAUCCGAGAAUGAUAAGUAAAAUUGCGUCGUACGACAUGUUUCGAUUGAAUAUCGAUAAAGCCAAGACUAAUCUGAAUUUUAAACAGAGAAUGCACAGAGUGAUACCGAUAAAAAUAAAUGGAGAGACUACAAAUAAAUUGUUGCACCUGAGUUCAAAUGAAUAGCAUUCGGAGCAUUCUUACAAGAUAAUUUAUAAUACGCUUA